AUGUCUUGGAACCGUAUCGCUGUCUAUGGCCAUCGCGGGUUAUUCAGCUCUCGAAUUGCUGCUGCACUUGUCGCGUCCGGCGCACCUGUCACCAUUCUGUACCGGCCUGAAUCGGACGCUUCCAAUUUCCCCGCCAACGUCCCCACCAUCAAGGUAGACCCCUUCGACGAAGAUGCAUUGGUCGCAGCCUUGCACGACAUUGAUAUUGUCAUCUCUCUAGUAGGGGACAAGGGUGUCGAUGCGGAGCAAGGCUUCGUCCGGGCUAUCCCCCGAACCCAGGUCAAGCUGUUCGUACCAUCCGACCUCGGGCUUCGCUACGGUGAAGAAGGGAUGCUGAUCCCUCUCUUGAGGAAGAAGGAAGACGUUCAGAAGGCUGCUAGGCAAGCGGGUAUUCCAUUGACUGUUAUUCUCAUCGCCGAUUUCGCAGAGUUUACUCUCGGCUCUAUCGCAAUGGGAAUUGACAUCAAGGGAAACAGACUUCUCUACACCGGCAAUUCGGCUAAGGAAAAGGCCGUUAUGAGCACGGCAGACUAUGUUGCAGCCGCAUAUGUCUCGAUCUUCACCCGCAAUCCUAUCGCCGAAAUCAGCAACCGAGCCAUCGGUGUGAUCGAGCUCGCCCCCACUGGCGAAGAGAUCGCCGAAGCACUCCGGAAAAAACACGGCGAGGAGCCUAAGAUCUUCACUCAAAGCGUUGAAAAGGCUGUAGAGGACUUCCAUACUCACCGUAACUCUGAUCAUCCAGUCCUCUCCCGUCUCUCUCCAGUCUGGUUUUACCGCAAGCUUUGGGGAACAGGCGAAUUGACGAGUAUGCUUGGUUCUGAUAUUUGGGAUGUUCCGGGGUAUAGAAAGGCCACGGUAGACGAUCUUAUUGUCGAAGGAAAGGUAAAUCCUUAUCGGGAUCUGUCCCAGUUUUUACCCUAUCUGGAAGAAGCCAUGUUCUCAUAA